AUGCCUUCCAGAAAUUCCAUCAACAGACCAAAGGACAAGCUUAUCCGUAAUGGACAUGCCUCAGCUAUUGGUAAGAAGAGACACGCUCGUUCCAGAUUGAGUGCUGCCACCAGAUCAUCCACCUCCCGUUACAAUACUGAAACUUCUACAGCUCCAAGACCAUCGGAGUCUACAUCAUUGGCUCUCUACACUGGAGCCGAAGCAUCGCAGCCUACCGGUGUCAUAACUAACAACACCUUGUCCAAGAAGAGAACCAAGAAGAUCGAGAGAAACCAGAAAUAUAUCGAACGUAGAAACCAGCAGUUGAACAUCGACAUCGCUGCCAAGAAGGAAUCAAGCAUGGACAUCGACCAAGAGACUAUUGCUAAGGUCAAGGAAGCUUCUAAGUUAGAGAAGAUCAAGCAAGCCUUGUGGUCCGUUGUUGCUGACGGUGUCAGUGAAGGCUUGUCGUUAGGAGAUGGUAACGGUACCACCUUAGGUGUUCAGGCAUUCUAA